AUGUCAUCCACGGACGCUUGCUCCACCAAGUACACAGACAAAGACAGCGGAGGGAUGCUGGUCUGGUCUCCCUACCACACCAUCGUGGACUCCAAGCUGGAUGAAUACAUCGCCAUCGCCAAGGAGAAACACGGAUACAACGUGGAGCAGGCUCUUGGCAUGCUGUUUUGGCACAAACACAACAUCGAGAAGUCUCUGGCCGACCUGCCAAACUUCACCCCGUUCCCAGACGAGUGGACGGUGGAGGACAAGGUGCUGUUUGAGCAGGCCUUCAGCUUCCACGGCAAAAGCUUCCACCGCAUCCAGCAGAUGUUACCAGACAAAUCCAUCUCAAGCCUCGUGAAGUACUACUAUUCGUGGAAGAAGACUCGGUCCAGAACGAGUCUGAUGGACAGACAGGCCCGAAAACUGGCCACUAGGAGCAACCAGGAUGACAGGUACCGGCAUGGUCCAUCCGGGCCAGACGUCUCGGAGUGUGAUGAAGAGAUGGAGGAGGCCAAUCCGAUCGAACCAAAUGACACUGACUACGAUCCCAGCAAGGAACCCAAGAAAGAGAACCAGCCCGAGCCGCCCAUGCCGGGUUCUAAGGUGGCCCUGGGCCGGCGGGAGCACCAGACCCUCCAGCACCGGCACCACCAGCGCUCCCGCUGCCGCCCCCCUAAGGGCAUGUACCUGACCCAGGAGGACGUGGUGGCCGUGUCCUGCAGCUCCUCGGCGGCCAACACGCUGCUCCGCCAGCUGGACAUGGAGCUGGUGUCCCUGAAGAGACAGGUCCAGAACUCCAAACAGAUGAACAGUGGACUCAAACACAUGUUGGACUCCGGAAUUGAAGAGUUCAAGCUGCCUGAGUCUAACCAGAAGGUCAACGCCCGCUGGACAACAGACGAGCAGCUGCUGGCUGUCCAAGGUGUCCGGAAGUACGGAAAAGACUUCCAGGCCAUAGCCGACGUGAUCGGCAACAAGACGGUGGGCCAGGUGAAGAACUUCUUCGUGAACUACCGGCGGCGCUUCAACCUGGAGGAGGUGUUGCAGGAGUGGGAGGCGGAGCAGGGAACCCGGGCCCCCAACGGCGACGGCGCCACCUCAGGAGAGGAGGGCAAGAACAACUCCACCACCCCGUCGGGGAAGAGCACCGACGAGGAGGACGAGGAGGCGAGACCUUUAACUUUACACGCUCGGAUCCCCCCCCCGCUCCUGAGGCCCUCCCUCCCGACCACGCCCGCCCUGCACCGCCAGCCGCCGCCCCUCCAGCAGCAGGCCCGCUUCCUGCAGCCCCGCCCCAACCUGCAGCAGCCCCCGCCCCUCAUCCGCCCCUCCAACCCCCUGCCGCCCCGCCUCAACCCCCGCCCGGCCCCCGCCGCCCUGGGCGCCGGCCCCGGCGCCGCCCCGCAGGCCCCCGGCCCGGCCGCCCACCCGUCGGACACACCCUCCUCCUCCUCCCUCCACUAG